AUGGGGACUCUAGCAUGGACAGUGUUCUUGUGCAUCGUCAGCAGUGCUAGAUCGGGUGGCGCGAUUUUCGACGAAACUGAUUCUGCUACACCAUGUUCUGCUAGCUUCUCUGGAUAUGCUCUCGAGAUGCUCAUGGUAAAGCUAGACCACAUGCAGCAAAGUGUUCUGCAACUACAGAUCGAAUCGGCCAAGCAGCGGGAAGAGCAAGCUGACACCAAGGCGCACAUGACCGUGGGACUGGACCAAAUGCAGCACAAUUUUCUGGAACUACAGACCGAAUUGGCCAAGCACCGGGAUGAGGCUGUGCAAAACCAAAAUGACAGCGAACCGUACAUUACCGUGAGACUAGACCACAUGCAGCAAAGUUUUCUGGGGCUACAGAGCGAAUGGGCCAAGCACCGGGAAGAAGCUGCGCAAAACCAAAAUAACAGCGAUAAGAGCCUGGUCGAUAUUAAGAGGAUCGUGCAGAACAAUCUCGAUUCGAUGCGUCGAUUGGAGGAUGAUGUUGCGCAAAUACUUACGCGUGUUACAACGAAGACCAAUCCUCUUUCAUAUGUACCCUAUCGCUCGUGCAGUGAUAUUUGGAAUGCACAGUCUGGAGUAUAUAUUAUCCAGGCGAACGUUGAAAGCAUCCCUUUUAUGGCGUACUGCCAGCGGGAUAUGAAGGGUGGAAGCAUCUGGUUGGUGAUACAGCACCGAUUCGACGGAUCGGUGAACUUCUAUCGCAACUGGAAAGAGUAUCGGAAUGGUUUUGGUGACAUUGAGAAGGAGUUCUGGAUCGGACUGGAACGAAUACAUCAGCUGACAUCGGGGCAACCCCAUGAACUGAUGGUUGAGCUGAGAGACUUUAAGGGGAAUUAUAAAUUUGCACUCUACGAAGCAUUCGAGAUCGGCAGUGAAGCCGAACAUUACAAUCUAAAAACCCUUGGAGCGUACAACGGAACUGCAGGCGAUUCUCUGUCAUAUAACAAGAAUAUGAAAUUCUCAACGUACGAUCGUGAUAAUGACGAUUAUGGUCCCCCAAAUUGUGCUGCAUAUCAUGAGGGUGCCUGGUGGUACCUCGGCUGUUCGAACUCCAAUUUGAACGGGGCAUACAAGAAUAUAGAAGAUGUUGAAUCGAUGUUCUGGUACCACUUCAGCGGUUCCUAUGAAGGACUGAGCUUUUCAAGAAUGAUGAUCCGACCAAAAUAA